AUGACGAAGGCGGAACCUCCUCGUCUUUUCUUCCACUCACCUUCCCACGGUCACGAGGUCUUCGUGCAGCCAUCCUCGUACCUUCGUCCGCAAAUGGCCUCCGAGCGCGCAACCAUUCAGCGGGAGGAGCGACAGGGCCUGCGCGCCAUCCGCAAUUUCCUCAAGGUCCGCACCAGCUACGAUGUGCUGCCGCUCAGCUUCCGUCUGAUCAUUUUCGACACCUCCCUCUCGGUCAAAGAGAGUCUGAACAUCCUCAUUCAAAAUGGUGGCGGGCUCACUGCCCCCCCGUCGGGACGUACAGGCAUCGUGUCAGCCCCGUUGUGGGACUCCAAGGCUUCCAAGUUCGCCGGUCUCCUGACCACCUCUGACUAUAUCAAUGUCAUCCAGUAUUAUUUCCAGAACCCCGCCGCGCUGGACCAGAUCGACCAGUUCCGGCUGGAUAGUCUUCGAGCAUUGGGUGUCGCGCCGCCCGAAACCAUCUCCAUCGACCCGGAGCGACCCCUCUACGAAGCAUGCCGCCGCAUGCUGGAAUCCCGCGCCCGCCGUAUCCCGCUCGUCACGGCCGACAGCCAGACCGAUCGCUCCCACGUUCUCAGCGUCGUCACGCAAUACCGCAUUCUGAAAUUUGUCGCCGUCAACGUUCCGGACACGCAGAAGUUGCGCCGGCCGCUUGGGGAAAUCUUGCUGGGCAGGUAUGUCUUCUUCUGGCCAGCAAAGAUCCACACUAACGUCUCUGUAUCAGGUGUCGUGUACAAUGUGUUCGAGGCAGUCGAUGUCAUCACGCUCAUCAAGGGCGGUUUCUACGACGAUCUGAGUCUAACAGUAGGGGAAGCCUUGAAGAAGCGAUCAGCGGAUUUUCCGGGUAUCUACACCUGUUCCCUGAAUGAGGGACUCGAUACCAUCUUCGACACCAUCCGAAAAUCACGGGUGCACCGUCUAGUCGUGGUGGACGAGCAUUUCAAGCUCAAAGGCGUCCUAACCCUUAGCGAUAUCCUACACUACAUUCUCCUCGAAGGAGAAAACGACGAGGCAUGA